ACGGUGAUUUGCUUGCGUGAAUUAGAUGAUUUCAAUAUUCCCUAUAUAAAGCAGUGGAACCACAGCCAAAAGUAUAGUUCCAAUCAAGCUCUUCACUCAAGUAAGUGGCCGAACAACGCAUUCACCACCAUGAAAUUCGUUAUCAUCGCUCUGGCACUGGUAGUUCUGGUUGCUGCCCAGGAUGACAAGUACACUACCAAAUACGAUAGCAUUGAUGUUGAUGAGAUCCUGGCAUCGGAUCGUCUCUUCAUCAACUAUUUCAAGUGCCUGAUGGACGAGGGUAGCUGCUCGCCAGAAGGCAACGAGCUGAGACGUGUCCUACCGGAAUCGUUGGAAAACAAGUGCGCCAAAUGCAGCGAGAAACAGAAGGUGACCAGUGCCAAGGUGAUAAAACACAUUUCCGAGAAUCGUCCUGAACAGUGGACGUUGCUGAAAGCCAAGUACGAUCCCGACAACAAGUACUCGUAAUAUGUGAUGUGAUAAUUAGAACCGAAAAAGUUUGACUUUAUCAGCAAAAACCUCUGUCGAGCUCUUCUGUAAAAAAAAUAUUAAUUCGGUCGAUGUACAUCUGAGUACAAUAAAAAAAUUCUUACAACCGCAGAAA